AUGUCGCUCAACCAGCUUCCGGAUGAAAUCAUCCGCCACAUUCUCUUCUGCCUCCCGCCCUUGGACACCCUUCAUGGCGUUGGCCUGACCUGUCGCCAUCUAGCUCGACUGUCGAAGGAGGGACUGCUAUGGAGAUUUCACUGUAUCCAGACCUUCAAGUAUUGGCACCCCAGCCACGCUUUCAGAACCAUCCUCAGACUACCAGCGCCCCAGACGGACUGGAAGAAACUUUUUGUUCUAAGAUAUCAUCAGAACAAGCAGAUAUCGCGUUUGCUUGACGGCAUCCUAAAGACUAAGGUUGGCCGGCUCAAGAGGUUUGAACAGAUAACCAAGUUUGGUUAUGAUGCUAAGGAUUUUCUCCUUGAGAAUUGCGAUGCAGACGACUCGUUUGAGGAUGUCUUGGCAAGAAGAUACUUUGCUCAUGCUGCCUUGAAUGCCAUCCACAGGCAUCUAGCUAUCGAGCAAUGGAUACACCUUAAGACCGUGGAGUCGGAGUCAGAUACGCACAACCCUCUUGAGCUUGAGAAGUCACUCGGGGCGUUCGACAUGUUUGUAUUGCAUGGCCAACCCGGUGACAUGAGCGACAUAACUCGCUGUCUUAGUGCCCUCACUGCCAAGUUCUGUUCAGGACAUCCUCAAAUGCGCGAAUGGACAACUCGCCAGAAGGCCCUUGCUCUCAACAGAUGGAUCCGGGCGAUGAAUUUGACUGGCCUUCAACACCCGGAGAAGGACUACCGCAACCUGAGAAACUGCUUGAUCGGACAGGCGUUGCAGCAUGAGGACCACGAGUCGAUCCCAAUCAUCUCAAGUGCCAUUUACUGUAGCAUGGCGCAACGAAUUGGGCUCGACGCACGGUGCAAUGCUUUCCCCACUCAUAUUCAUGUUGUUGUAACACCUGCCCCAGGUCGGGAUUUGGAUGAUAAACGAGUUGACGAAGCCACUCAACCAGGAAAACGGAUGUAUUUGGAUCCUCACGGUAACGACAAUGAGGUUCCUGAACAGAAACUCCGGCGUUUACUGGCUAGUUUCGGUUCGGAGCAUUCGCGCGGCGCCAUGGACCCUACCCCGACGUCCUCUACUGUCAUUAGGGCGGCCAACAAUAUCAGGCACAGUUACCAAACAUUUAUGGGGCAGCAGGAUCGCGAGACAGAGACAGAUCUCACGCGGCUCCUUCACGGCCAUGGGCCUAUGAACUUGAACGCUUGCUAUUACGCUUGCCUUUGGGCUAUGCUGAUCCUGGUGCCCACUUCCAGCCCUGACUGGGAGGAAAUGUUCGACAAAUUCAUGAUCGAGUUUACCAGAUACUGUCCAGAGGAUGUAUGGGUCGUGGAUAAGUAUGUGGUGCCUCUCUAUAGGCAUUUUGCAACGACACGCCGGAGACGCAUCCGACCCGCACCCUCCGAUGUUGAUGAUGCCUGGCGCAUGGUCCGCUAUGUCCAGAGAGGCGAUAACACGCCCCCCCCAGUCUUUAGCAGGAAUGGCAGGGGGAACCAGGACGUGUCGUUCGAAGUCGGCCAAGUAUUCCGCCACCGACGUUACGGGUGGGUGGGAGUCAUCACUGGGUGGACCUUUAUGGGAGGUAAUAUGAGGCGGGAGGACGAUGAUGAAAACCGUCGACCCGAGGCCCCUUAUUAUUCAUAUAUGCGAUCUACUACUGCCGAGCGAAAUGUCAUCGCGGAAGAAAAUGUCGAGCUCAUCAAUGAGCCCGAACUGGUCCUUAAGAUGCCCUUUCUAUAUGCUGGGAAAUACUUCAAGAGAUUUGAUCCCGAGACGUGCCGCUUCAUCUCAAACUUAAAGGAAGAGUAUCCGGAUGACUGA